CAAUGUUACUACUUUUCAAUAGUUUUUAAGUAGGAUAAAUCGGUCUACAUUGUUUACUCGGGUAUAAUUAUCCUAUCACUAAUUUCUUAAUGUUCCAUUCUAAUUAUUAAUUAUUAGAUAUUAUUUAAAAUUUAAAUGUAAUUAUAACCAAGUCGUGUACAUUGGCCAAUAUUAACUUACUCUGAAGGUGCUGACACCAUUUUCGUUCCAAUAUUAAUUUAAUAUAUUUGAUAAUAUCAUUGUUCUAUGAUAAUAUCAACAUACCUAAUACCUAUUAACUAUAAUAAUAUUAAAUACGAACCAUUAAUCAUUUUAUAGAAUACGAUAUUUUGUUAAGUUUUUUUUUUAAAAUUUUAUUCGUGAGUCGUGACUAAUUUGUUUACAUAACUUUUUUCGUGUCAUGUGAUCACAUUGUCAACUGUUUUAUAUUUUUGAUGACACUAUUUUAAAACAUCUAUUUAUGUGCUAGUUUGAAAAAAUGUACCAAAGAAUGAUUUUUAUAUCUUCGCGCACACAUCUGAAGACAAACAUGAUGUCAUUAAACUCUUCUGUCAACCGAUUGUAUUUGUCCCUGGGCAAUGUCGCAAAUUAUUCUUCAAGUAAAAUGUACUACGAUAUUGUUAUAGCUGGCGGCGGCAUGGUGGGCUGUGCUAUGGCCUGCAAAUUAUCUAAAGAAGCUGCGUUACGUGGUAUGUCUAUUCUUUUAUUAGAAGGAGGGCCAAAUCGUAAAGAAUAUGAUUUGUCCGCCAAGAAAAAUACACUUGAUAGGCCUUACAGUAAUAGAGUCUCUGCUGUGAGCAAGUCGAGUGUUCAACUUUUACAAUCGAUUGGAGCAUGGCAAAUUAUUGAAGAUUUAGGACGUAAUAAUGCAGUCAAAGAAAUGCGAAUUUGGAAUUCUGGUGCAGGUAGAAGUGGUGGUAUCAAUAACGUGUUAACAUUUGAUAACGAUAAUGAUUUAGCAUAUAUUGUUGAAAACGACACUAUUCUUGGAGCCCUGUACAAACAAAUAAACGAAGAGCAAAAUAUUACUGUAAAUUAUGAUACCCGAGUUAAUCAAUGUGAUUUGUCUGAUUCCCAUAGAGAUUUGGCUACUGUUAAAGUGGCUAAUGGAGAAAUUUCCUUUGAAACUAGUCUCUUAAUUGGCUCAGAUGGAUAUGGUUCUAAAGUACGUUCAGCUAUUAGUGGUCAGCAGUAUAUUGGUUGGGAAUAUGGUCAGCGUGCAGUCGUGGCAACUUUACAUAUACAGUCUGAUGAAGAUGAUACCUAUAAAGGACACGUUGCUUGGCAAAAAUUUGCUCAGUUAGGUCCAGUGGCUCUAUUACCCUUGGAUGAUAAAACAUGUUCGCUAGUAUGGACUACAAGUUAUGAAGAAGCAAAUCGCUUAGCAGAGUUGAGUGACAACGAAUUUAUUGAUGCUUUAAAUGACAGUUUAUCGGAAGAAAAAGAAUCAAACAAUAGUAGCUUACUAUUAGCAGACGAUGCAGCUCAUAUAUUCGCCAAGGUACUCAAUAAAUACUGCCAGUCAAAUGAUGAAAAUAAACAAAACAAAAAAAUAAAAUCUAUUCCACCAAUUGUCGUUGGUGUGAUAAAAGAUAGUAGAGCAUCGUUCCCAUUAGGCUUUGGACAUGCGUGUCAAUAUGUUGGUCAGCGUGUUGCUUUAGUUGGAGAUGCUGCACACAGAAUACACCCUUUGGCUGGCCAAGGUGUUAAUUUGGGCUUUAGUGAUGUUACUGAAUUAAGUAAUCAACUUAACCAAUCAGUAUUAACAGGCGCUGAUAUUGGAGAUCUGAAUGCACUUUUAAAUUAUCAAACUGCAGCACAGCGUCGUAAUGUACCUAUUAUGUUAGGUGUUGAUGGCAUUCAAAAAAUUUAUGGUAGCAAAAGCAAUUUAGUACCACCUGCUAUUACAACAUUAAUACGUAAUGUGGGACUUACAAUUUGUCAAUCUGCUUCCAUAGUAAAAAAACUGUUGAGUGACAAAGCAUCUGGACUUCCUGUAUAGCUUAAGUUUCAAUGUAUUCAAAUAAGUGGUUUAAUUUGUUGUUUAUUAAAUAUUUGUUAAAAAUUAAAAUUGAUCAAUUUUAUUAAAUUAUAUAAUAAUAGUUUAUUAGGGGUAUCUCAGUACUUUAUAAGCAAACGUUAUAAAAAAUAAAGUUGUGUUAUUUACU